CUCUCACCCCAUGCCGUCCUGCCAAUGCCCCUGCCCAUCGACCCAGCCUCUGUCGCCGGCGACGACGCUUCGCCCGAGCAGCUUCUGCCGAGCCUGCUGAAGAAGCAGCCGUAUGCGUCACGUCCAGCCAUCGAUCUCGCCGACUUUGGCCAUCCCAGCUUUGACCCAAAGUCCUGGAUCAACCUGGCCCUGAAUGCGACAGGGCCCGAUGCUGCCUCCUCAACCGCCGCGGCCGCGCCUGCUCUGGCCAAAUCGGAUCCAAUCCUGACGCAGUCGGACUCGCAGCUCUCGCUGGGAAGCAGCGACUCAUCCUCUCGUGUAGUUGCCGGCCCCGGACUCUCGACGGAGCAGCACGUCGCCCAGCUCCUGACUCAGCUGCACCUUUCGAGCCAGGAUGCCGCCUACAAGCUGCAUCAGCUCGCCAAGGACAUGGUUGGGAGCAUCUCCCAAUCUUAUCACGACAUUGAAUACAUCCGUCAGGACUCGAGAGCCCUCAAGGCGUUGAUCCAGACCGCCAAGCUCGAGCUCGAGUCGACACAGACCCAAACAGGCUCGGCCAUCGAUCACCUCGGUCGCCUCGACGUCGUGCGGGGCCGCAUGGAGCAGACUCGCGACGCUCUCAAAGAAGCCGAGAACUGGAACUCGCUGUCGAUCGAGAUCGAGGGUCUCUUUGACUCGGGCGACUACCACAAGGCCGCGCUGCGACUGAAGGAGGCUCAAAAGUCGCUCGGGCUCCUCGCCAACACGGCCGACUACAGCGCUCGCCUGGAGCUGCUGACAAAGCUCCAGAAUCAGCUCGAGAUCACUUCGAGUACACAGUUAGUCUCUGCCCUUGCCGAGCACGACACCGACACGGUCAAGCGGCUCUUUGAGAUUUUCGAGAACAUCCAGAAGAGCGACCAGUUUUUCUACUACUAUUUUCUAUCCAAGAAGACUCCUCUGAUGCGCUCUUGGACAAGCGUGGCAUCUGCCAGCCCCGCUGUCUCGCCCGGCCCGAGCUCGCUCUACGAUGUAGAUACACAGCGCGCCGGCGCCCUCGGCCAAUUCUUCGAGCAGAUCCUGAUCCUGCUCAACAAGGAAUACACCUGGUCGGCCUUGGUCUUCCCAAACGCCAAGCAGAUCAUGAAUGGGCUGCUGUACGAAAUUUUUGCGACCGUCGAUCCAAGCCUCGCGAAUGUGCUCACAAAGAGGGCCGCUGCCGACGACGGUUUACUCUUUAUCGUCGAAGCCUAUCAGUCGGCAUCCAAGCUCGGCUGCCAGAUCGAGAAGCUGCUGUCCAUGAUCCAGAUCGACUUCAAGAGCGCGUAUGCCCUGUCGACGCAUCUUGGGAGCAGUGAGUCGCUGACUUCCGACCGAUGGCAGACAGCGCUCUUUGAGCCCUUUUUGUCCUUCCAGACGCACUAUGGCGAUCAGGAAAAGAAGCUGCUCGUCCGCCAGUUGCUCGAGGUGCUGCAGACAGACGCACGCACCGACUUUAUGGAGACAACGCAGAUGAUGACGGACACUACCGGGCAGAUCUUUACGAUUGCCGAGGGGGCAUUUGCGCGAUGUCGCACCCUGACCUCUGGCUUUGGAGCCCUCGAUUUGAUUGCAAGUCUGCGCUACUACUUUGUCAAGGUCGUUGAUCAGUACCGUGCAAUCGUGCAGCAAACGCGAUACGACAUUGGAAUCGAGAGCAAGGCCGGCGCAAAGACUGGCACAGGGGCUCACUCGUCUGCCGCCGGCACAGCAACGGCGUCGUCCGAUGCCCUUGAAUUCGCCAACUCCGAUCUGGCCACCCAGGAGUGGUCCAAUUUCCAGGUCGGUCUGCGGGUCCUCGGAGUAUGCUGCUCCUUUUCCAAGCGCAUGAAGGUGUUUGAGGGUCAGUUCUGCACCUGGCUGGCGCAUAUGAAGCGAAGGGUCGAGUUUAUCCACGAAGAGCCCGGAGAUCCCGCCAAGGCCGAUGCCUUGGAUCUCGAGGAAGACUCGUGCCAAGGUGCACGCAGCUCGCUGCGCCUUUCAACCCUCAACUCGUUUGCCCUCUCGAGCCUCUACGAACAAGUGGGCGAACGCACAGUGGCCGAAGGCAUCCCCGGGUUUUCCGCCGAAGUCCGCAGCACCCUUGCUGGCUUCACUGGAUAUGCACAGCGAUUCGUCUUCGAUACCAUGUUCAGCAUGAUUGAGAAGCACCUCAUGGACGUUCCGGUAAUGCCUUUGUGGGGAGCCGCCCUUCCGACGACCACGGGCCCCUUCAAUCUGCAAGUGCCGCAGUUUAGCUUCUCGCCGCAGCCGUACAUAACGCGGAUCGGCGAGUAUCUGGUCACGCUGCCCCAUCAGCUGGAGCUCUACCUGGAGGACGAAGCCCUGGCCUUCUCAAUUCGGGGGCUGCCGUACCUGAAGGAGGAGGAUUUUCAGGCCGAGGCUCCAGCGAGCGAGCCCGGAGCGGAAAGCAGUGGUGCUGACCCCAGCGACGACAGCCUCGAGGCGACCCAUUUGUGGAUCACGUCGGUGUGCCGCGGCAGCAUGGUGCAGUACGUCAAUGUUAUCAUGGGCAUUCGGUGCCUGAGUGAAGACGGACGCAAGCAGCUCCUGGCAGAUAUCGGCUACAUCAGCAACGUCUACGAUGCCAUGGAUAUCGAGUUGGUGGUGUCGCUGCGGCGACUCUGCGGCCUGCUCCAAGCCACUGUCGACGAGUACCAGUCGCAAUUUGCGGCCAAGCUGGCGGGACAGGCAGCCGAGGAGAACGACACCUUUGGGGAUCUGGACAUGGUUCGCCGAGUGGCAGGAAUCCGCGGCAUUGCGCUGGACGGGUGAAACGAUCGAAUGCAAUAUAGCUCCACAUGAAGUGCUCGACAGACGAGAGCCGAUAGGA